AGGUCCCACCUCUGCCCUGUCAGAGGCCAAGGCCACUGCAGAGUCGAGAGCAGCCGGAGGACUACAUUUCCCAGAGUCCCCCAAGCCCAGGGAUGAGCCAUUGGCCGAUUUAAAUAGCCCAGGCCCGAGGAAGCCAGGCCGCAGCUGUGGACUCCUCACCUCCCGGAGGGUCCGCUGGUGCAGGCCCGGCAUUGGAGGGCUCGGUUGGCUGCCCGGCUGGCACUGACGUCCCCUUGGAGCCGGGUGGCAGCGGAGAUAAACAACCAUGUGCAAUUCUCCACCCUAUAUUUAACAGCUGCGGCGGAGAAGGCAGGGAGGCAGCCACGGUGGCGGCUCUGGGGGCAGCUCUUGUCUUCGGGGAGAAGGCCCUUGGAACCGGGCUGGCGUCGGCCUUUUUGGGGUGAGCGGGGUCACCAUGCCAGCUUCCCAGAGCCGGGCCCGCGCCAGGGACCGCAACAACGUCCUCAACCGGGCUGAGUUCCUGUCCCUGAACCAGCCCCCCAAAGGGGGCCCGGAGCCCCGCAGCUCCGGCAGAAAGGCCUCCGGCCCCUCGGCACAGCCCCCACCUGCUGGUGACGGGGCCCGAGAGCGACGCCAGUCACAGCAGCUGCCAGAGGAGGACUGCAUGCAGCUGAACCCCUCCUUCAAGGGCAUCGCCUUCAACUCCCUGCUGGCCAUCGAUAUCUGUAUGUCCAAGCGGCUGGGGGUGUGUGCCGGCCGGGCGGCGUCCUGGGCCAGUGCUCGCUCCAUGGUCAAACUCAUCGGCAUCACGGGCCACGGCAUCCCCUGGAUCGGAGGCACCAUCCUCUGCCUGGUGAAGAGCAGCACACUGGCCGGACAGGAGGUGCUCAUGAAUCUGCUCCUGGCCCUGCUCCUGGACAUCAUGACAGUGGCUGGCGUGCAGAAGCUCAUCAAGCGGCGUGGCCCGUACGAGACGAGCCCCAGCCUCCUGGACUACCUCACCAUGGACGUCUACGCCUUCCCAGCCGGGCACGCCAGCCGCGCCGCCAUGGUGUCCAAGUUCUUCCUCAGCCACCUGGUGCUGGCGGUGCCCCUGCGUGUGCUGCUGGUGCUCUGGGCCCUCUGCGUGGGCCUGUCCCGCGUGAUGAUUGGCCGCCACCACGUCACGGACGUCCUCUCUGGCUUCGUCAUCGGCUACCUCCAGUUCCGCCUGGUGGAGCUGGUCUGGAUGCCCUCCAGCACCUGCCAGAUGCUCAUCUCCGCCUGGUGAAGCGCCCGCUGGCCCACGCAAGGCUCUGGGGGCAGGGCUGGCCCUAGAGAAGGGGCAGGGGAUGGCAAGGUGGCAGGCGCGGGUUGAACAGAGCCACCAGGAGUUGGAGCGGCCACCCCCACCCCGUCUUCCCCUCCUGGUUGGAAGCCAGUGAACCCAGGCCGCCCCUUCCAGUGACAAGCGUGUUUGGCAGUGCCAGGCCUCUUGCCCCUUUGCUUGGACUCCAAGUCUCCUCUCUAGGCGGCCCGGACCCACCCGUGGGGACAGCCCUAUUUAGCUUCUGCUCUGGGUACAGCAAAAACCAGGAUGGUAGGAGGGGCCGAGUCUCAUCUUUUCAUCGUCAUGACUGUUGAGUUCUUGGCUGUGCUCAUCAGCACGACGCCUGCCAGAGUGCCCCCAACCUACUGCCUGAUGCAGGUGCCAUUGCCAUGAACAGUCAUCGACAGCUUAGGGCAGCACUUUCCAGCGGGUGCCCUGCGGGACACCAGCCUGCGAGAUGCUUUUGGGGGAAAAGGGUUUUGUGGUUCAAUAACUUUGGGAAGUGCUGCACCCUCCGUCCCAAGUUGGACAUUCACAAAGGCCGUUAUUGCCGUCAAGGCUCUGACGAGUCCUGUAGAAAAGCUUCUUGCUAAACCUUCUUUAACCCAUGUUUUCUAAACUUAUUUGACCACAGAACCCUUUUCUUGGGGAACAGCUAUUAACACCCAAGGAACCACUGGUUCCUCAAUUGCAAUUUUGGGAGCUGCUGUCAGAGAGCUAAAGGGCCUGGGGUGUGAGCUGACUCUCCGCUGGGGAGGCCGGGUGCACACACCACAGCCCGAGGGAAGCGCUGGCCACCGCCCGUGGGCAUCGAUGAGGCUUUGGCCCCCAGGGGCCGGACUCCGUGUGACCUAAUAGGUCGUUUCCAAGUCACCUGUUAUGGAUGUGCAUUUCAUGUGACAAUACAGAUGACAUGUAAAUGGCC